CCCAGACAGCUACUCAGAGUUAACAUAUUUUGCUCUUCGACAAUCUCAUAAAAACAAAAUCCUCUCGCAGGGCAAGCAGUACAUUCAUACAUCAUCAACAAAGAAGACAUCAAACACGCACUCUCCUUCCUCAACACCUACAGCCCCCUCCGCCAACAAAAAAAUUCCAAGCCUCUCAAAAACGUGACCAACUUCACAUGCACCCACAUCUCUCAAAAGCCUCCCAAACACAAAAACCAGAAACCGACCCUCGGCUCCCGCAAUGUACGAACAGCGCAUCACCUCACCUCCCCUCCUCGCAGUGCAUCCAAGGACUCACAUUAUCCUCCUUCCCCGCCCACCCCUGCCCACGUACAUGAUCAAUUAAUCCAGUCCCCCCUCCCAUCCAAGGAUUUACCGUCUUCCGAUUCGACCGCGCGACGUGCACAUUCGCGACGCUGCAACGCUGAUUGGACUGCUA